AUGACUGCUCAAGAAGAUGAGAGUGUUUCCUGGAGGCCGAUAGGCCCUGUGUCUCAGCCGUCCAAGAAACAAUGUCGGUUUAUCUAUUCGUCUAAUGGAGGCGACGCGGAUUUGUGUCUUUUCUAUGUGAGUGGGGAAAUCUAUGCAAUCGACGCUCAUUCAGGGCACAGUGGUAAUUGUGCAAUGCAAUGUCCUUUGUGUGAUGGAGAUAUUGAGGAGGCCGAUGGUGUUCUUCAGGUUUUCUGCCCUUUGCAUUAUUAUGAUUUCAACCUCAGAAUGGGAAAAUCAAGCACAGGUUUACAGCAACAGGUAUAUGGAAUGAAAUUGGAAGAUGGCAAUGUGUACGUCAAGCAUGCAAGCAACCUGUCGUUACAGCCUUUUGGUCUGGUCAAAGAAAACUGAAGUCCUUGCUCAUUUACUACAAUAUUUAUUAGGGUGAUUCCCACGAAAUGAGUCAAGAAAAUGUCCUGGUCCUACUUUACUCCAAAAUCAAAGGAAACAAAUAAGAAAUUAUAUUUUUCAUAUACAAAUUAAGGCUAUUUUAGGGCCAUUCAAAUUUUUUACUUUAUGACAUAAUUUAUGGCAGUAAUGCACAUUUUA